AUGGCGAAGAAGUCCCCAACUGGAUUCCUUCUCUGCUCAGCUUUGUUUCUGUCCACUGCAUUCGUCGGGUCUCCCGGCCCGAAGCUUCCUGCACGGCAGCUUAGCGUCCGUAAAUCAUCCGAAGAUGCCGCAUUGGCAACCGUGGCUGACGCUGGAGCUUCACCAUUGCUGGCUCCACUGAAAGUGGCCAGUCUAGGCAUGGGACUGCUGAAGCCCAUUUUUGCUGCUGAGGCUAAACUGCAGGCCUUGAGUUACGACGAGGCUGAGAUACAAGCAAAGAUCCAAGAAGAAGUCAAGUCAGCUCCAGUUGUGGUCUACACUUAUGGCCUCUCUCCCUUCUGCACCGAAGCAACGAAGCUUUUGGACUCCAUAGGAGCAGAGUACAAAGAAAUCCAGCUUGCACCCGAGUGGUUUCUCAUGCUUGGGGAGAAUGCAGCCAAGCGGGCGGAGCUUGGAGCCAUCUACGGCCGAACAAGCAUGCCGCACAUCUUUAUUGGCGGAGAGAGCAUCGGUGGCCUGAUGGAAGGACCCGGCCUGGUUCCGCUCUACGAGUCGGGCGAGCUCAUGAACAAGCUGCAAGCUGCUGGUGCUUUCCCGAGCCAGGCGGGAAAGCUAAGCCGCAUAAACAAAACACUGUAA